AUGAGGCAGUCGACGCCCAUUUUCUGGGUUGUCCAGGCUUGUCUAAUAUGGCUGACAUUGGUAUCAGCAUCGUCUGCCAUUUCUGAUCUGUCAGACUCCGAUGUCUCUGCGCUGCAAGCCCGUGACACAAAGCCGUUUCCGCUGAGGAUUUUGCCCCUCGGUGCAUCUAUUACCAGAGGGUACAAAUCGAAAGAUGGAAAUGGAUAUCGGAAAUGGCUUCGAGAGCAGUUGCGUUAUGCUGGAUGGGAGGUUGACAUGAUUGGUACCCUGAAGAGUGGUACUAUGCAUGAUAAUGACCAUGAUGGACAUGUCGGCUGGAGAAUUGAUCAAAUAGCAGCUCAUGCCAAGACGAUCAUCCCCCAGCAACCUAAUCUAAUCCUUCUCAAUGCUGGCACAAAUGAUGCUCUACAAGAUUACAAAGUAGACACCGCAGGCAAGCGGAUGGACUCUCUCCUAACAUACCUCUUCGACAACAUCCCCAACACAACCAUCAUCCUAUCAACUCUCACAUACAAUGGAAAGGGCCCCGAAUUGGCCACAGAAAUCAGCACACAGUAUCUAAAACUUGCAGCGGAUCGCCGAGCACAAAAUGAUCGUCUCGUCAUCGCUGAUAUGAGCACCUUCAUUCAGUGGGACCAAUUCGUGGAUAAAAUCCACCCCACAGCAGCUGGCUACAAGGAAAUGGCAUCGGUCUGGUGGGCGGCCAUUCAAGAAGCAGAGAAAGAAGGUUUCCUCAAUGCGCCAAAAUCCACCUCUACGUAUAAUGGUACAAUCAGCAAGACCCGUGAAAAGCAGCUCGAUGAUAGCACCGGUAACCCGAGUCUGCCUGCAUACACAGCACCGCCUCAGCCUACCAUAACAGUUAGUAACGGCUCGACUCGAUCCGGGCAGUGGCAUCUGUGGGCUGUUGGGGUCCAGAUGAUUAUGAUGUGCAUCGGGCUCUCUUAUGUAUGA